AUGAAUUUGAGUGCAUGGAUCGAUUUGCAAGGAUUAUUUGUUGAAAUACCUCUCAUUGUUCCAUUUACUCCAGAAAGAUGGACUUUACCAUCUAUAGCAGCCACUUGUGAAGCACUGACAUCUGCUAUUCCUACCAUAUUAAUACUUGCUCAAGGUGUAGCAGGUGAAACAAUAUGUAUUCAGAAAAGCAAUAGCACAAUUCUAGAACCCAGUUAUACACAACCACGUUUCAGUGUUAAAAUUUUCAUGUUUUGCAUCGCAGGUAUCAUCAUGGCAUCACUUAUUGCCUUCAUUCUUCUUAGAUGGACAAGUAUAGUCACAUUAGCCGAUGCUGCGGAAAUGAAUGUUCAUGAAAAGGUAAAAACUAUCAGCAAUAUUGUCACCGAAGAGAACUUACCUAUGACUGAUGUCAUCCAGUUGCAAACAUCAUCGAAAUCCAUUCAACAUAUGUCACGACGUGUAUUUAUUCUUUUCUUAAUCCUUAAUACAGUUAAUUCAACUAUAUCACUCGGAUGUUUGCCAUCGUUGAGUACGUAUGCUUUGCUCCCUUUUGGUCAGAAAGCAUUCUAUUAUUGGAGUAUUCUCAUACCGACUGCUUAUCCAUUUUCAUUACUACUAAGCAUAUGCUGGAGAUCAGUGUCGACUCAUCUAAUUGUCCUUCAAUCAAUAUUUAAUUGGCUGCUUGCUACCUUCAUUUUUAUUAUUGCUGGACAAAGUCCAUGUCCAUGGUUAGCAGACACAAUGCAAGGUGCUUUGAUGAUUAUUACAAUAUGGUUUAU